AUACAGGUCGUUUGGGACGCCGUGUCUUGUUACAGUCGACGGACGAAGACCGCUGCGUCAUUCCAGCUAUUUUUUCUUCCGUUUUGUUUCCGCAGAGCGAUCUCCUAUUCAGCUGUUGUAUAUUUGAGUAUGGGUCAGAGUGAUUCCAAAAACAGGAGCAGGAGUAAAGGGUCCGAUAAAGGUCUGCCGCAGCAGACGAUUCCUUCUUCGAAACCAGGUGCUCCAACUGCAUCCUCUGCCCCGCGAACGCCAAACCCUUCUCAGGCGAUACCCUCCUCCAGCAAACCGCACGUGGCGUCAGACAGAACUCCUAAUGACAAUGUUUCCCGGCCGCCGCCUAUGCCGGCAGCAUCUAAGAAGCCGAAAGCUACUCCGUCAAAUGUAGCCACCGAGCCUGUAGCAAGCUCUGCACCCACCUCAGCUGUGUCUUCAGAAAACAAAGAAAGGCAAAUGGACACAGCGCCCCCGUCUUCCUCCUCCUCCGUGUCGCCGGGUGAAGUGCUGCCCGAGAUACGUCCCAUAGGGGAAGGAGAGACCAUGGCCAUGGUCGAGACACCGCCAUGUCUGCCCGGCAACGAGAAAAACAACCACAACACAGAAAGCGAGAAAAGAAGUGCUGAGUUGCCUGGAGCUGGCAAUAAGAAGAAGGGGAAGCAGCAAAAAAAGAAGAAGAAGGAGUUGGCCAGAACUCAGCCGGGAAGUGGCGACCCGGUCGAUCCUAGUGAUUUGACCAACGGCAAGCAGCAAGAGGAUCAGGAAGGGGAGCGACAGCGGGAGGCCCCAGUAAUCCUGAUUUUUAAGAUCGAACUCACGCCAUCACAGAUCGAGACGCUAGAGCUGCGAGAGGGGCAGCGGCUUGGCCAGGCCGUCCGAGCAUUUUGUCGCCAGCACGGGCUGGAUAUCGCGGCAGUGGCCCGACCUCUUGAGGACUAUCUGCGUGCCAAGACCCCUCGGGGGCUGCUGGCUUCCGGCCCUCCCUCCUCUGACAAGCCACGGAGGCAGCCGAAGGCUGACAGGCCGCGACGGGCCCAGCAGGAGGGGGGAAAGGGAAAGAGAGACGUUCAACAGGGAGGAAAAGGCGGGUCGGGGAGGAAGCCGCGGCGACAAGAGAGGAGUGAGAAGGGUGGGGAUGGUGGGCCGGAGGGAGGGAAGGGCGGAGGACGUUGGCGGGGGGAUCGAGGCAAGCACAGGGAGCAGUUAGGCGCCGACGCGCGUCCGCACGGGGCCCGAGAGACGCGCGAAGCAUCGGGUGGUGCCGGGGGCGGGGCCGUCAUGGGUAUCACGAGCGAGUAA